AUGAGCCCCAUUCUCAAGACCGACGAUUUGGAUCAUCGUGCAGAUCACAAAGGUUCCGAAGAUAUCGAAGUCAUCUCUUUCACCUGGACGCCUGAGCUCAUGAGACCUUCCAGAUCUAGGCUACAAGUACAUCCGUACCUUGGACCCAUAGGGUCGAGUAAGGAAUGGCCGUACCGUAUCUGUCAACCAGUCACGGCUCUUCCAGAUACUGUAGAUACACAUGAGUGCCUGAGAUGGUUUGGGCUUUCCGACGAGAAGAUCCUUCAGGUCGAAGAAAGGUUUCAUGAGUUGUAUCCAGAUUUUCAAGGCCCGCCGUGUGGAUACAAGGAACGAUACGCCUCGAAAGGAAAUAAUUCUAUCGAAUUCCCACUCCUAGACAGAAUGGUCCAUGUGUACUACCUCAUGGUGGACCACUGGACUUCCGACUACGAGUAUACCCACGAGGGCUACAUCAAGAAGGCCGUCCAGCAAGGACUACGGCCAGAAUUCGCCGCCUUCUGUGGACUACACAAGGAUGAUCCCCGCUGCAUCGAGUUCCCGCAACUCUUCGAAACAGAGUGGUUUGACAGGAGUCCCAUGGAUAUCAUCACCGACUUUACUAGUCUAUUCUGGGUGUACUUCAAAGAAUUCCUCACGUGCAAAUUGAUAGACGAGGGGAAAGCAUGGAGUGAUGACCAUGGUCAAUGGUUAGUUCACGACGGAGAAAGCCUAGAGCAGGCCAAAGUAAGGGUCCAUGACUUAGAGUUCCAAGAGCUACGUGAGCGAUUGUACGAGGAGGAGCGCGAAAGGCGGACGCUGGAAUCGGAGGAGAGGGCGAGGGAGAUUGAGAUGCAGGACGGUGAAGCGGAAAAACGGAUGGAGGUGAUCGCCGCGAUGGCCGGAGGCGGGUAGGCGGGCCGAGGACGGGUGUCACGACUUCAAGGAAUGUGUCUCUUG